UCAAUUUCCAAAUGUCUGUGUACAGUUUACCAGAGUUACUUCCUAUCUUCCUACACAUUUAGACACUUUGCAUAGUUGAGGAUUAAAGUGCACGUAUAUGUGUGUGUGUGUGUGUGUGUGUGUGUGUGUUAGCAGGGCCUGCCACAGGAAGUGAGGGUCUAAGCAAGUGGUUCCGAGUGUGUCAGUAGUGAAAGAAAAAUGAUUGAGAUGUGGUUUGAGACAUCAAAUGAAGUUGCAAGGUUGUGAUGUUUACUUACAAGCAUGUUUCUAAAUGUAGUCAGGUGAUGGUUUUUGAGAAUAAUACUUAUGUACUACUAGUAGGACAAUGCAUUUAGAAUUUCAUAAAUUAGUUAUACUGCUCAGGGAAAUCCUCUACAAGAACAACAAUAACAAAAUAACUACAGUGAUACAUUUCUUCAAGAUUCUGAAAGCUGUUGUUUAAAAAAACAGCAUUGAAGGUUGUUUCCAACAUGACUCACUAAAUUAUGAUUGUAACUGAAAAGAUCAGCUUAAAGGGCAAGAAAGUCCUCUGUAACGUUUCUGAAUUCCCUCACAGUUUCAUUGUUUAGUCCCCUCAUCUAGUACAAAAUGUUCAGUGUAGUACAUUUGGGCUUCAGUCUGCAUGGCGUGGAGGAACAUUGUGUUCAUUAAAAAGGAAAAGCGUAUGGCACCGUCUUCUUUUUCCAGCUUACUGAAGAUUCAUGAGAUUUUGUUUUAUAUCACAAGAAACUAGAACUAGGACUUAAAAGAUGGGGUUUCAAAUACAUCAAAGACUACAAUAUGAAUAGCUGUGUGAACACGUCAUACAACGAAUCGUUAGAAUACAUUGACAUGUAUGACGACGGCUUUGCAUUCUGUGACCAGGAUGACAAUCCAUACUUCCACAGCGGAUCGACGGUCAUGCUGGUUCUUUACUAUGUGUUAUUUUCUUUGGGUGUGCUGGGUAACUGCACCGUUCUGUGGGUUCUCCAACGGUACAUAAAGCUGAGAACCAUGACAGAUGUUUUCAUCCUCAACCUGGUCCUGUCUGAUCUUUUGCUGGCUGUGUCCCUUCCUCUGUGGGCCUACAGUUCCCACAGCAUCCCAUCAUGCAAAAUGAUAACAGGAGUUUAUCAGGUAGGUUUCUUCAGUGGGACCUUGUUUGUGACCCUGAUGAGCGUGGACCGCUACUUCGCCAUCGUCCACGCUGUUGCAGCACUGCAAGCCAGGACUCUUCGCUAUGGAAUUGUGGCCAGCAUUAUCAUCUGGGAAAUAACUAUAAUCAUGGCAGUCCCUCAGGUAAUAUUCGCCUCCUUGGGGACAGUUGCAGGUGACAACGCUAACCAACAAUGUGAGCUUUUUUACCCAGAAGAAACAGAGAUGUUUUGGAAAAAGUUGCGGAACUUCACUGAGAACACUGUGGGACUUUUUGUGUGCUUUCCCAUCAUGAUUUACUGCUACGUGAAAAUCCUGAUUGUGCUGUCCAAAUCCAGGAACUCCAAAAGGCACAAAGCUGUAAAGCUGAUUUUAACUGUGGUGUGUGUGUUCAUGGUAUGCUGGAUCCCUUAUAAUAUCAUUGUUUUCUUAACGACUCUGCAGCUGUUUAAUAUCCUGAACACUUGUGAAGCCUCACAGGCCAUCAACAUGGCCAUGGGCUUUGCUGAAAUUAUUGCACUGUCUCACUGCUGUGUAAAUCCAGUGAUUUAUGCAUUGAUAGGGGAGAAAUUUAAGAAGUCACUGGGCAAGGUGCUGAUGAAAUACUUCCGCUUUCAUUACCAAAGUAGAGACACCACAGAAAAUGAGACUUCCAACACACCUGUAAGAUCAGAUCAGUGAAAGGGGACUGUCUUUGCGUCAGAGGGUGCAUUUGCAGUGCUGUGGGUUUUUUUUUCUUGUUUUUUGUCAUUGUAACUGAGAUGAUAAUAUGUGUGCGCACGUGGAAGUGAGUAUAGGUUGGUGGUGUUGAUGGUGGAGGUGUUGUACAUGUGGUUUAUGUGCAUGUGCUUGCAAGAGAAAAUGGUACCCAGAUUAUUUGACAUAAGUGAAUGAUACAUUUAAAGUGCAUAGAAUAAAACAAGUGUAUAAAACAUUUAUUAUUGAGAAUAUAUAUUUCUAACUUGUAAAUUCAUGUUGUUUGUUUGUGAAGUACAAUAAAAAAAAUUACAGAAGCUUUCUUUGCUUUCUCGGUUUGAUAAGUUUUAGGAGAAAAAUUGAAUGAUCUCUAAACUCUUUUGUGAAUAAAUGUGUUUAUUACUAUGCAAAUAUACAAAAUAAUCUGUCACUUCAGAACAGUCUUCAAACUUAAGUAGCAUUGGUGGAAUAUGCAGUAAGGUAUAAAUGUGCACAAUUAAUGAGCAACUGUUUGCAGAAUUAUUAGAUUAACAAGUCCAAACAGAAUUUUUUUCAGAGAAAGUUUAACAAAUAAUUUGCAAAAAAUGGAAAUAACAUUUUUCAAAGACAUUCACUGACAGAUACAUGAAACUUUCUUCUGAGUAUUCACCAUGUGAGGUGGCUGUGGUGGGGGCUUUCGGGGUUCGGGUUGUUCAAGCCAGCCUUUUACAUGGAUCCACUGCUUCUAUUCCCCACAUCACACUUGUUUGUUAAUGCAUCACAUACCAGCUGAACACAUAAUAGUCACAAGGUUAAGUAAGACAUGUGGUUGGUGCCCACACUGCAUUCUUAAUGUUUCUUUUAAUGCAUUUAAAUUAGACAAAUACACACUUACCACCUAGUUUAGUAAUAGAAAAUGGGAAAGAAAUGGAAAAAGAAAAGGAAAACCUUAAAAUCACCCACCCAUAUGCUGAAGUAGCAGAAUUGAGCUGUUUGGAUGUGUAUUUAUAGAUUUGUUCUCACUUUUUCCUUCAGUAAGUUAUUUUUUUGUUUGUUUGUUUGUUUUUUCUUUACUUUUAUUAGUUGUUUUCUCUCUUGUCAUUGUUGGGUGUUAUCUUUAAAAAAAAAAAAAAAAAAGAAAGAAUAAAAAAGACUCACUAUGAA